ACUGUUAAAUUUAUCAUGUUGGUGUUUCAUGAUGACAUAAGAGAGAACGGCGACCUCUACUCUGUUAUAGCUCCCGAAUAAAGUCAGUGUUUGUAUUAUACGGCUCUAUUAAAAUCUUAAAAAAUCCAAGCCAUCUUUUAAUUUUAAAUUUUUAAUUCUCGUCAAAUUGAAUUGAGGAGAUAUCUCAGAUGGCUGAAGCAGAUAAAUUGAAUAUAGAUAGUAUAAUAGCCCGAUUAUUAGAAGUGCGUGGAGCAAGACCUGGUAAAAAUGUACAACUAACGGAAAAUGAAAUUAGAGGACUCUGCUUAAAAUCCAGAGAAAUUUUUCUUAGCCAACCCAUUUUGUUGGAGCUCGAAGCGCCUUUAAAAAUUUGUGGUGAUAUCCAUGGUCAAUAUUAUGAUCUUCUGCGUCUAUUUGAAUAUGGAGGAUUUCCGCCAGAAUCCAAUUACUUAUUUUUGGGAGAUUACGUAGAUCGUGGUAAACAAUCAUUAGAGACAAUUUGCCUUCUACUUGCAUAUAAAAUUAAAUAUCCAGAAAACUUUUUCUUAUUAAGAGGCAACCAUGAAUGUGCAUCAAUUAAUCGUAUAUAUGGAUUUUAUGAUGAAUGCAAAAGGAGGUAUAAUAUCAAAUUGUGGAAAACAUUUACAGACUGUUUCAACUGUUUACCUGUAGCAGCGAUCGUUGACGAGAAAAUAUUCUGCUGUCAUGGAGGUUUGAGUCCAGAUUUGCAGUCAAUGGAACAAAUUAGAAGAAUCAUGAGACCAACUGAUGUACCUGACCAAGGACUUCUUUGUGAUCUGUUGUGGUCCGAUCCUGAUAAAGAUCAGAUGGGAUGGGGAGAAAAUGAUAGAGGGGUUAGUUUCACAUUCGGUGCCGAAGUUGUCGGGAAAUUUUUGCAUAAGCAUGAUUUUGACUUGAUAUGUCGAGCGCAUCAAGUAGUAGAAGAUGGUUACGAAUUUUUUGCCAAAAGACAGUUGGUUACGUUGUUUAGUGCACCAAAUUAUUGCGGAGAAUUUGAUAAUGCUGGAGCAAUGAUGUCAGUGGAUGAGACGCUCAUGUGUAGUUUUCAAAUUUUAAAACCAGCAGACAAGAGGAAAUUCCAGUACAAUAUGAAUGCAGGAAGACCUGUAACGCCCCCUAGGGGCGCGACGAAUAAAAACAAGAAGAAGUGAAUUAAUGUAUUAAUAAGAUUAGGUUUAGUUGCAACAUAAAUAUGUUUGAGCAUUUUAAAUACUAACGUUUGUCGCAAUAGAUAACUCGAAGGCGUCGUAUUUAUGAAAUUUGAGUUUUUCUAAAAAUUUUUUGUUGAUUCUUCUAUUAGGUUAAGAUACUCCAUAUAAAAUUAAUCUAUUCAAAUACUAGUAUUUAAAAUGUUCCAAUUCGGCCGUUUUACUUUAUUUUACAUCUGAUAUAUUACUAAAACGGUAAUAUCAUUCUAUCUGUUAAAUUAGAUUAACAAUACUUAGAAUAUCCAAUUCAAAUAAUGCAAACGGCUUUGAUAUUUAAACAAAAAACAGUAGUUUAUUUUUUUUCGGUUUUAAUAGAAACAGUUUUAUGUUUUGAAUGGUUUCCCUUGACUCCGUAUAAAUAUAUUUUUAUAUACAAUCUCGUUUCCUUUUAUUCGUUGCUAAAUUUUGUUAUUGCAUGGAAUUGAUUUCUGUUCAUCUCGAUUUGAAUGAAUCUUCUCAAAAUGUAAAUUGACAUUUAUUUGUAAAUAUUUGGUCAUUUAAAUUGUUGAUAUGAAUAUACAUGUCACAUAAUAAAAUUUUAACAUUUCCCAUUUUA